UAGCAUGUUUGUUUGAACCGUCAGAUACACGUUCACACACUGUAAAUAAUACUCACGCUGAUUCCAAAUGAAAACGGCCUCGGCUCUACCAAUAUUACCGGAUUUUUUUCUUGCUUCCCUCAAAGUCUCGCCGAUAUUUUUUCCAGCGGUUUUAAAGUGCACGGAGGAGGCGGCUGUCCCUCCAUUAACCGGUAGUAAUGCGGAGUGUAGCCAGCGCUGGCUUCAGCUAAACCCACCCGACAAUGUCACAUAAACACCAUCAUCACUAGCAGCGCCACGAGAGCUUCUCUGGAAUAAUCUUUUUCCAAAUGCCAUCGAAGACAGACGGGUGAAUACCGGGAUAUUUAAACGUCAGCUCUUUUUGUCCAAUCAGUCCAUCCAUCCCAUUGAAAAGGUCAUGAAAGCUCCCUCUUCCUAGUCCCACUGACCUUUGACGUGUGUUCCUGCCAUCUUCAACCCUCUCAUGCUAUGCAGCCAUGAGCUCUGCGCUAUGGAGCCAGGAAAAGCCAGCAGGCAGUUUCCGGGACGACUGGCGCUUCUACAUUGUGGUGAAGGAGUGCACUGUGGAAAAACCGGGCCAGAAGACUCUGCGCAUCCCACGCGGCAGCCUCGGCCAGGCCUGCCAGGAACGCAACAGCCUGGGUCGCACAAUCCCACCCAGCAAGGGUAAGCGCAGCCUGCGCAUCCUGGACCAGACCAAUGUGGUGGUGAGCGUGGAUGAACGGGAUGUUAUGGAGCUUGAGGAGAAGCUGGCGGAGCUGCUGUUCCCAAUCACCAACUGCGAAGAGCGUUACAGCCUGCUGUGCAACAGAGCGCGUCUGGACAGGGCCCGUGACAUCAACUGUGGAUCAAAAGUUCGAGUGCAGCUGAGGUCUGGCGACGAGCCCCUUCCAGGUGUGGUCCGCUUUAAAGGAGCAUUGCUGCCCGACCGAGCACUGAGCGGUAUCUGGUUUGGUGUUGAAUUGCUGGAGGAGGGCCGGGGUCAAGGUUUCACCGAGGGCUCUUAUCAGGGUCAGCAGCUGUUUCGCUGUGAAGAAGAAUGCGGUGUCUUUGUUGCACUAGAUAAACUUGAGCUCUGGGAAGACGAGGUGGAACGUGUGACGCUAGAGGAUAAUGACCCGGAAGUGGAAGGCGAAGGACCGCCACUGGAGAUCAACUCUCGAGUGCUGGUGCAGACACGGGACGGCCCAGAACGGGGCACUGUUAUUUUCUGUGACUUACUGCCUGGCAAUGAGAGUCUUGGAUACUACGUUGGUGUUGAUAUGGACAAUCCCAUUGGAGACUGGGAUGGGAUCAUCGACGGCAAACAGCUGUGCAAUUUUGCUAGUCUUGAACACACCCGUCUCGUCCCCAUCUGUGAUGUGAUGCCAGAAUACUCAAUGCAGGAUCAGAGGCUGCCCAAAGUCUUUGCCUGCAGGGCUGGCAGUGACAAACCUGGCAGCCAGAGCAAACCAAAGAGCAAAGGGUUAGGCCUGCAGCCUGGCAGCAGGAGCAAGUCUGAGUUUUAUUAUACGCUAAAUGGCAGCUCGGUUGAUCACCCUGCUCAGUCCAAAGCCAAAAGCACAUGGUACAUAGAUGAAGUUGGCGAGGACCCGGCCAAAUCCCUGACGGACACGCCCCCAGACUUCAACCCAAGCUCGUCCCCUUCUCGAGCUCCGCCCACAACCUCAUCGUUGUCCAAUGAUAACAAGUUCCACUCCCUGCCCUUUAGCUUGAGCCACAAAGUUGGCUCCAGUGGGAGCAUGAGCCAUGGCCCUCUCUCCCUGUCCGCGGGCUCAGUGAUGGGGGAGCAGCAAGAGGUCCUGCCACCUGCUACCACUCCUGUCCAGAGGCCUCCCUCACCUCCACAAGGCCAGCCAGGGUUAGAGGUCGGGUCAUUGGUGGAGGUCAAAGAGAACCCACCACUUUGCGGGGUCAUCCGCUGGGUUGGUCUACCUCCAGGACUACAAGAGCCACUCGCUGGGCUGGAGCUGGAGGAGGAGUGUGUGGGCUGCACUGAUGGAACGUUUAAAGGGAUUCGUUAUUUUACGUGUCCACCAAAGAAAGCUCUGUUUGUCAAACUGAAGUGCUGCAGGCCUGACUCACGAUUCCCAUCCUUACAUCAUUCACCCAACCCCAUAGAACGAUGCAACUCCAUAGCUUUUGGGGGUUACCUAAGUGAAGUAGUUAAUGAGAACACUCCUCCUCGGACAGAAAAUGACUGUUUAGAGGUGAUGGUGGGGAAAAAGAAAGGAAUACAAGGACAUUACAACUCCUGCUAUUUGGACUCUACUCUGUUCUGUCUUUUCUCCUUUAGUUCUGUGUUGGAUACGGUGCUCCUGAGGCCAAGAUCUAAAACUGAUGUAGAAUAUUACAAAGAGACACAAGACUUACUGCGCACAGAAAUAGUCAACCCACUACGAAUACAUGGCUACGUGUGCGCCACUAAAAUCAUGAAACUUAGGAGGAUAUUGGAGAAAGUGGAGGCAGCGUCAGGAUUCACUUCAGAAGAGAAAGAUCCUGAGGAGUUCCUCAACAUCCUUUUUCAUCACAUCCUGAGAGUCGAUCCUCUUCUCAAACUUCGGUCUGCAGGACAGAAGGUUCAGGACUGUUACUUCUAUCAAAUCUUUAUGGAUAAGAAAGAUAAAGUGUUGGUGCCAACCAGCCAGCAACUUCUGGAGUGGUCCUUCAUCAACAGUGAUCUCAAAUUUGCAGAGGCCCCUUCUUGCCUUAUAAUUCAGAUGCCUCGUUUUGGGAAGGACUUUAAGAUGUUUAAUAAGAUCUUCCCUUCUCUGGAGCUUGACAUCACAGAUCUAUUAGAUGACACUCCUAGAGAAUGUCGAAUUUGCGGUGGCUUGGCUCUUUAUGAGUGCAGAGAGUGCUAUGAAGAUUGUGACAUCACACCAGGAAAGAUCAAGCAGUUCUGCGAAAAGUGCAAUACACAGGUACAUCUGCACCCACGGCGUAAGUCUCAUCGGUAUGUUAAGCUAUCUAUACCUAAAGAGCUGCAGGAGUCUGUUUGGAGACAGGGAUCUUACCCUCACCAGCAGAUGGAGCUGUUUGCCGUGCUCUGCAUUGAGACGAGCCACUAUGUCGCCUUUGUCAAAUACGGAUCUGCAGACUCGGCCUGGCUAUUCUUCGAUAGUAUGGCUGACCGUGACGGCGGUCAGAACGGGUUUAACAUCCCACAGGUGUCCCCAUGCCCUGAAGUAGGAGCCUACCUGAAGAUGACCCCAGAGGAACUCCACGCACUGGACCCCAAGAACAUCCAGGGCUAUGCACGCAGACUUCUCUGUGACGCCUAUAUGUGCAUGUACCAGAGUCCCACCAUGAGCCUCUAUAAAUAGAGAGGGAGAAAUAAAGAAGGAUGCAAAGGUAGGAAAGGGAAUGGCCAAGAAGGAGAGAGAUGAGGGAACGAGGGAACAGAGGAAAGGGGCUGUGGUGAAGAGAAAACGAGGAGGAAAAAAUGUGCCCAGGAAGAUGCACUCCCACAUCCGGUUGCCUCAUCCUCUGAUCUGCAUCUCUCUGUACAUACUGCAGGGUAAAUACAGUCAUGAGAGCGAAGGCAAGAUCAAGAGAACGAACGAAAAAGCCUAUUUGCACUGUGUGAGAGCAUAUGUGUUUGUGUGUGUAUGUUGAAGUGUCGUUGUUGUUUUCUCUGAUUUGUGCCGUCUUUGGCUCAGCUCAAACUCUUGAGUGUUCGGAGCGGUGUUUUGCACGGAGAGAAUUCGCAAUCUUUCCAGCCCUCAGGUGUUUCGCAGAUGCUCACUCACCUGAUGGCUUCACAUUUGCCACCGACCCCUCCAAACAACAACACAUUCUACCCCUGUAAAUGAAGCCUUGGAUGAAUGACCAAAACAGGAUGUUUCCCCUCUGUCUGAAUUCUUCCAUUCGUCAUCAACCCAUCUUAAUGCACUGCAGCGUCCAGCAUUAAUUAUAGUUCAGACGCACUGUGUGUAGUCCCUGUUUUUGCCUUUAUAUUUUGCUGUGAAGUCUUUGUCAGGUGUGUUCACAUACAGCAGAGCCCUUGACUGCCAUGCACUGGUCCCAGAUCAAGACAGAAGAAUGAGAUGAUUAAGCACACUUUUUUUUUUUUUUUUUUUUGACAUGAAGAAUAAUAUAAUUGAGCUUUUUCUUGUUAAAAGAGUAAUUAUUUCAUUUUAUUAUGAUUUGGUUUUUAUAAAUGUGGAAAUGAUAUUAUUUUAAAUAUUGCAAAAAAAAAAAUAAAAUAAUAAUAAUACUAGCAGCUUCCCAGGCCAUGCUCUCAAAAUUGUAAAUUAGUGGUAAAUUACUUCUUACAGAUACGAGUCAAUUUUUGCAAGUAUUAUGAUGAUAUGAAAUUCCAGAAGUUACUGUUUUGCAGUCAAGGACAUGUUCCUGUAAUAAAAAACUGAUUCCUGUUUGUAUAUGACAUGCUCUGGUUUGAGUGUUCACGGUGGAGGCUGAAAAUGGGCAGAAGCUGUUUCAUGCUAAACUGCAGUGCUGUUGGCUAAUUUGAGGUAACACUUUUCGAGAUACUGGAUUGAUGUACUGUGCACAUUUUUACUGUGGGUUAUCGGAUUGUUUACAUGGCCUGGUUUAAACUGAAGGGUUAUGGAAAGACACAUGCAUUGGGGUUGUUUUUUAAUCUCUGCUGAUGUAACCGUACACUAUGGGAGAGAUUCUCCGUGAGCGGCUGUAAUGGGAGAAAGGAUGACGACUAGUGUACUUGUGUAAAAUGAAGCCAGGUGGACUUUAUCAUCUCUGUGCUGUUCUCUUAAAUGUUAACUAAAUUAAAACUCCAUUUUGAAAACA